UUUGUCAAUAACAGAACAGAAUCACGUAUCACGUACACUCGCAAAAAUUAAAUUCAUUGUGCGAACCGGGUGCACGUAUAAGAUUUAUUUAGUUCUUUUUUAAAUUAAUUUAAAAUGUCGGGAAACGUAGAACUUUUUACCACUCGAAUGAGGAAAGCAACACGAAAAAUCCACUCGGUUAGCGAUGCCUUGGUCAAUGCUAAGUUCGCAAUUUCUCUGCGUGAUGAGGCAGUUUGGGGCGGAGGACUUUUUGUCUUUUACCACAUCUUUGCUUUCCUAGAAGAUGCCAAGGAAAGGCUGAACAUGCCUGAUUAUAACAAGCUCUUUGUGCACAAAACCCUUUACAGGAAAGCUGCAUUUGAAGCAGACUUAGCACACUACCUUGGUGAAGACUGGCAAUCCACGCCUCGCUCAACAGCACUGGACAGCUAUCUAGAGCACCUGCAGGAGCUGGAGAAAGACACCCCACAGCUGCUGAUGGCGUAUGUGUACCACCUGUAUAUGGGGCUGCUGAGCGGUGGACAGAUACUGGCUAAGAAGCGGAAGAUGUUUGGAGAAAAAACCAACUCCGAAGUCUACACUGACCAAGUGACAGACUUCACCGACAUUGACAUCCCCAAGCUAAAGAACGAGUUCCGCACUGCCAUGAACGAGAUCGCCGCCAAGAUGACGCCGGAGGAGCAGCAGGCUUUCCUGGACGAAAGCGGCCAAGUCUUCCUCAUGAACAACCUGAUUGUCAACUCGGUUGCUGGACAGAAUCAGGUUCUCAGCGUCAUGUUGUUUAAGGCCUCUGCUGUGUUUUUAGCGAUUUUAGGUGCGGUGCUAGCAUAUAAAAUGCAUAAGUAAAGAUUUUUUUUGUAUAUAAUAUAGUAAUGGAUAGGAUGUAUGAUUAUUUUUAUAGAUUAGAAUGUGAUAUUAUUAUGUAGAUUUCUUAUUUGAAGACUGAUUGUUUUAUGAGUAAAUUGCAUUAAUUUUAACAA